ACGAAGUAAAACAACAUGUCAGGAAGAGGUAAAUCCGGAGGCAAGGCCAGAGCAAAGGCCAAGACCCGCUCCUCCAGAGCCGGACUGCAGUUCCCCGUGGGCCGUGUCCACAGACAUCUGAGGAAGGGUAACUACGCCCAUCGUGUCGGUGCCGGAGCCCCGGUGUACCUGGCGGCGGUGCUGGAGUACCUGACCGCUGAGAUCCUGGAGCUGGCUGGAAACGCCGCCCGUGACAACAAGAAGACCAGGAUCAUCCCCCGUCACCUGCAGCUCGCCGUCCGCAACGACGAGGAGCUGAACAAGCUGCUGGGAGGAGUGACCAUCGCUCAGGGCGGCGUGCUGCCCAACAUCCAGGCGGUGCUGCUGCCCAAGAAGGCCGAGAAGGCUGCCAAGAAGUAAACACCCUGAAGCGACUUCUACUAAACAAAGGCUCUUUUAAGAGCCCCCACCUCAUCUGAAGGAGCACUGCCUAUUUAUUAUCACGCACAGCACAACUGUUCUAUUCUCAACGGCAAGAUCUAACCCAGCCCAAACAUUUCAUAAAUACAAUCUUUCACUGUUUUAAUGUUUCUCAAUUAUUUCCUGAUAGUUUUUUUAUUUUUAUUUAUAUGU